AUGGUUAAACCAUAUCUUUCCGAGCAUGAUCUAACAGUUCCCAUCAAAUCUCUUCCAGAAACAAAACGUAUUGUUUGCUUGUUCUAUAUAACUAUACUCAGUGAUCAUAUUCCGGGGAUUGAUCAACAAAAUUGGAUUGACUUUGGGUUUUGUUCUUGUAAAUUUGGUAGUGAUCAUUUAGGAGAGAUAGAAGAAAGACGGUUGGCUGAUUUGUAUAAGGAACUAAUUAUUCAAGAGGACUGUAAGGUCGAUGAAUUCCAUGAUGCUUACUUAUCUGGAACAAUAUUGGAUUUAUUAAGGAAAUAUUGUAGCAGUAAUAAUUGUAAUUGGUUAUCAGAAAACAAGAUAGAAGUUCGUGGGCAUAAUCAACCAAAUAAAAGUGUUUACGACCUCAAGCAAUAUGCGCUAAGCGAAUCCGCACGUCUCGUACCUUCCGUGAAUGUAGAUUAUGGCUUUAUUAAUUGUCGUACGGAAAGUGAGAAAAGACAACUUAAACAUACAUAUAGGAAGUUAAUCAAAACUCCUCGAUUUGAUCCACGAGACUUGCAUUAUGCUUGCAUAGCAGGGAAAACAUUCGAUUAUGUCAGAUCAAUACUUCCUAAUGAAGGAUUGAAAGCCAAUCUCUUUAAAAAUCCGUAUCCUUUGAAAGAAAUUGAUUAA